AUGUCCAUCACAUAUCUAUACAGCUCUUUGGCGGUCGCGCUUCUUGUCGCCCAGUCGGCCGCCCAGGGUGAGAUUGAUCCAAAUGACAUCGAGGCUGUGAAUGCAGCUGGUGCAUCUGGAAAGUCAGGAGGUGGGGGCAUGUCUACUGGAGGCAUGAUUGCGUUGUGUGUAAUCGUUGGCGUCGUUGUUAUCAUUGGAUUCUCCUCAGCAGCUCUUUUUUACGUGGCUAAGAAGCGUCAAUGGGCUAUGCGCGAAGCUCUCCGUCGAUCCGCCAAACAAGUCAUCCGAGCCGUCAAGACUCCUCUCACACCCCGGUUCCCUCGAGGCCAGCGACCACCUGCUGCGGAUAGUAACCGAGACCGGGCUACAAGGAACAGGGAAGCACCAAGGACGCAGCCGCCGCGAAAACCAACGGACGUGGAAAAGGAUGCCGUGGUUACAACUGACGAAGCCUCGAAGAGCUCCGAGACUAAGACUAGGGGUUGGAGCUCUUACUUCUCGCUCAACCGCUCGUGA